AACUGGACAUUUAGCUGGAGCUCGGAUUGUGCGAAACAACAACAAUAAAUGCCCGCAAAACUUGCGUUUCUACGCGCGUUUUUCGCUUGGGCGGCUUAGUUUUCCCACGACCUGGGGAAAAGUGCCACAUUUCCAAAAGAAUGGCCACCAGCAACUCGAUUAGGAAUAAAAUAAACAACAGCUACGAAUCGGAGCCUUCCACAGGAAGCGGGUCUUCGCUCAGUGAAAACAAUGAGGGCCAAAUAUCUGACGAGGAGCACAUGAAUCUGCCGUAUCUGAUGAAACCAAAACCACUGACUAGCGAAACCCCAACGCCACCCAACCAAAAGCCAGGCAGCCAGGAAUCCCAGUUCCUUGGCUUCGGCGACAGUCCAUAUGGCCAGGUGAACAAGCGUUUGUAUGGCUCCCAGCUGCAGAACCUCAAGCUGCCCGAGGUGGAGCCUCCCCCGCCUGCCGUCCGUCGCCCCUCGCCGGGAAAGAUCGUCUUUCCCCGGUUCUACGACACCCUCAUCGAGGAGAACAGCUGCAAUGCCGUGGACAUGGCCGUUUCGGUGGCCAUAACUUCCACCACGACAACGGGCAGCCUCUCCUUCGAUGGCAAAAUCAAAAGUCUGACUGCGAGACCAGAGGAGCAGCCAGGAACCUCCAAUCCAAAUCCCCCACGACCCUCCAACGUUCUGGAAACCUCGCUGCAGAAGUUCAACAACGAACGAUCGCCCGAUCUCUUUGCCGACAGCGACGAGGAUGCGGAGAACGAUGAGCAGUUGGAAAAGGAACGCGCCACGAGGCUGGAGGAUCUCCCUGAGGUCCUGGAGGAGUCGCAGUGCACCAGCGAUGUGCGCGCCCGCUGCUCGCUGAACGCGCCCACCGAAUCCAGCUUCGUGGACGAGCAGACAAUGGACCUCUCGGCCACCCAGCUAAAUGCCAAUGAUCCGCGUUCGCAUUUCUUGGAGAACUGCCGGCGAGAGCGGGAACUCUAUCGGCGGAUACGGCGCUGUCUGCAGGGCGUCCGUCCGCCGCCCACGGUGACCACACCCGAUGUGGAUGUCAUCAAAAUGGUGCUCGGCAUGAAGGCGAAUGUACUGAACUUUUUGUCUAAAGAUGCGCCCGCUUCAACGCCCACAAUUGAGGAUAGUGGCAUUAGCGAAUCAACCUCGUUGUUUCGACCCACUCACAGUCUCUCGGAGGCUCAAAAUAUGGGCUGGCGGGAGGUGCUGGGAGUGAGACAUCAUGGACUAAGCUACAAUCUAAACAAGGCUGCCGAACAAAAUGAAUACCUCAGCAUGUCCGUGGUGGAUCGAUAUGUGGGCGUGGAAACCGCCACUUCCUACGUUCGAUCCCCCUCGAGCGCCAAAAAGCGUAACAUGCGUAUGAAAAUGCUAACCCAAUCGCCUGGCAAUCGCCUAAGUCACCUGGCCAAGCGCCGUGCCAUAUUUUCCUCUGCAAAUCUGGCCACUAAUUCACAGAAGCUCAACAGCUCAAUUGGACCACAAAUAGUGCUGGAUAAGAAAAAAGCGCGAAAUAAGCGAAAGGCCACGCCCAAACGAAAGACGCCGGGCAGCAAGAAGAAAACCCGCAAGACGCCAUCUUCAUCUGCCCGUAAGCAUCUCUAUCGCACCGAUCUCAUCAAGCCAGGACCUUCGAGGGAGACCUCCAAGCGUGCCCUAUUCCAAAGCCCGGCCAAGACGCUCCAGCAACAGCAGCAACUUAUGCCGCCCAAGCCGCUCUUUAAGCCGGAGAUUGCGAAUCGCGUGGAGCGAUCGAAGCGGGCCCUCUUUUCGCCCGAUCAUCAGGGCACUAGUAAUCAGCUGGAAUCGCUGCUGAAGCGAAAGAGGAACGCCUGCGACGACGAGGACUCCGCUGACAUGGCUAGCCAGAGCAGCAAGCUCUUCCGGGCCGAGAGCAGUGGGCCCAGUGGGCUGACGCCUCGCGCUCUGAAGAUCAAGAGUCAGAGCUUCUGCAUUGGAGCUGGUUCCUCCACGGCGGGUGUUCAGCUAAAGUUGGCGCAGCAAACCACUGCUACCGCUGGCCAAUCGCGGCUCAGUCUUGGGCUCAGCGGCAGCAGUAGCAACCUGGUGAACUCCACCUCGUUUGCAAGCGGUACGCCUCUGGCGAGUAAACUGCAGCGAGCGCAAUCGGAAAUGAGCGCCACUCCGAACAGCAGUAUGACGGAUAACCAGCGAAAGAAACUGCUUUGGGCCGUGUCACAGGCGCUGCAGGAGAGGAAAAUUACACCGAAGCACGAGCAUUUCCGUCAGCAUGCGGCCGACCUAACGCGCAUUGUGAAGCGCAUUUUCCAGGAAUUCUACCUGGGUCACUCGUCCAGCAAUAGCGAAACGUUGCUAAGACUGGCCAAGAAGUUUGCCUUUAGCGUGAUUGGUGGCAAGAACGCGGAUGACGUUUACCUGCAGGCGCGCAGUCAGGAGACCGAGGCCAAGCGGCUGUCGAGCACCCGUCUUUCGGGCUACAUCGGUCCCGAGGAGUUUGCCCAGCGCAAGCUGCUGCUUUCUCAGACAUCCGCAGCAGGAUCGGCAGCAGCCGGUUCGGUGCGAUCCCUGCACAACAUGUUCGGCAGCGAAAACUCCAUCGAUUCAUUUGGUCUGAGUCAAAUGAGCCUGCCGACCAACAACUGCUCGGAUACGCAAUCGAGUAUAGUGGACCGCAUCUCGGAGGAUCUGUUCAGCAAGGAACGGCAGCCCAUUCGGCCGAAUCCCACGCUGCAGAACAGCUCGUCGAAGAGCAAUCUGGGCGGACUGGCGCUGCGCGAGAACGUGGACUGCGAGUUGCGGCGGUCGGCGCAGAAGAACUUCACCGGCAAAGACCAGCAGAACAUCAGUCCCUACUUUGGAGGCGGCGGAAGUAACGGCUCGGCCCGGAAGUUCCAAAUGCCGCCCGUGGGAAACAGCAACAACUCGGGAGGCAAGGCCAAGCGACAGAUUUCCUUUGACUGCUAAAACAGUAGAGCUAAA